AUGGGAAAAGAAAUUGAACUUGAAGGCUUGUAUGCUCACUGUGAUCCAAAUGCUGAAAAGUUAUUUUGCCAUGUAAACAUGUUUGUCAGAUUUGGUACAACACUAAACCAGUCAGCAUCAAACAAUUCACCAGUAUUAUGGGCGAUAUUUCUAGAAAUGCACGUCUUGACACACGAAUAUUUGAAGGCAAACAAACCAAGCAUCAGCGAAGAAAUUAAGCCUAUUUUGCAUGCAACUGAUCAGAAAAACAAGAAAUACUUACAGAAUACAUGUAAACAAUUUGGAAUAAAUUCAGAAGAAGUUGAGGAGUUAACUAAAGAUAUAUGCAAAGAUAUCAAAGCAGGGUCUGAUAAUAUAUUACGGGUUUGGCCAGCAUACAGAGAAAACAACAGAACGGAUAUUGUCUUCGUAGUCAUUACAGAUACAAGUUUAGAUUCACCAAAAGAUAUAGAUUAUGUUUACGAUUUUGAAAUUGUUUUAAGGGCAGAUGGGGACACGAAUGAAGAAAAUAGAAUAGUAAUUGAACACGAAGUGGAAUCAGAUAAUUAUAUAAGUGAUACACGAAGUGAGGAAAUGCGAAAUGUUAUAAAUGGAAAUUCUGAUACAUUAGGAAAACAGCAUAGUAACAUUACCAUGAUUUCUGCCAGUUCAAUGAAGUCUUUUGGCUACUUGACUAAUAAUCAUAAAAUGGAAAGAGAAGACUGCAUUACAUUAUUUGUUCAUGUCAAAGGGUUGAUUCCAAUAAAAGAGAAGUGCUUCCCUAAAACGUUGGGAGGUUUUAAUGUCGAUAUUCGUGAAGAUGUUUUUCAAGUAUAUACCAGUAGAAAACCAAAUGAGUGGCAUAAAGAUUUAAAGAUGGGAUGCCGAAUUGGUUUGCAGGGGGUGAACGGUUAUGGAACUCUCGGAGGAAUCAUUGAACAUCCACAUCAUGGAAUAUGUUUUAUAACAUGUGCGCAUGUUUUACUUAAUGUUGAAGAACUGCAGAUGAAUAAGACACCUCCAAUUACCUGUUAUCAACCAAGUUUUGAUAAAGAGGCCGCCUCUAACCAUUUUCGCUGUGGCGAACUUAAAGACCAUAAAAUAGGAGAAGUAGUAGGAAGGGAAGCUGGUGUUGAUGCUGCAUUGGUGAAAAUAGAUGAAUCAAGGAAGCCGGUUAAUGGAAUCUUUCCUGAAAUUAGCUCGGAUGACGUUAAAUUGUCUGGGUUUGAUGCAGACUGUACACUAAGAUACACAUCUGGAAUGGUUUACGAUACGGAACCAUUUCUUCGACAGAAAGAUAAACAUAUUGUAAAAUAUGGCGCAACUACGCUUCUGAAGCAGGGACGAUUCGGGUUUUAUGGAGCAAAAACGAUGGUGUUUGGCCACUUUCUUCUUAGUAACCAGUUUCAAAUAUAUAAUAUGGAAAAGCCAUUUGCUCUUCCGGGUGACUCUGGAUCUCUUGUGUUUAGUGUAUCUGACAAUGGACUCGUCGCUAUAGGUCUUUUGGCUGGCGGAAGUAAAGGAUACGCAAUUGUUACGCCAAUAUGUGAUAUACUCCAUGCGAUCGGUUGUUCACCACCAUACUCCCUUAAAGCAUUCCAAGAAGUCGACGACCGGAUAGAUGAUACCGAAAUCAAUCACAAAGGGUCUUUAUGA